UUUCAAACCCCACCUCCAUAUAAAUACUCCGCAUCACCUCAAGAAACAAGCGUUUUCCAGCGCGAGUUGUUGCUACCUUAGACACUACUCUCAGCGCUCCUCUCUCCUAUUUCCAUCAUCUAACCCUAACCCGUAUAUUCUCCCUCCAAAACCCGGAAACCCAGGAGAGGAAUCCGAAGCCCGGAGAAAAAUUGAACACGGCCGGCCGCAGGAUUCAUGGAAGGUUCUUGCUGUACGUCGUCGUCGUCCAGCACCGAUCAGAACCCGAAGAGAAAGCCGAGGCAGCACACACAGGACAAACCCUAUAGAGGGAUACGGAUGAGGAAGUGGGGCAAGUGGGUCGCUGAGAUCAGGGAGCCCAACAAGCGCUCCAGAAUCUGGCUCGGUUCCUACUCCUCCCCCGUCGCCGCGGCGCGUGCCUACGACACCGCCGUCUUCUACCUCCGCGGCCCUUCCGCCCGCCUUAACUUCCCCGAGUGCAUAGUCCACGACCCCCAGCAGCACGACCUGUCCGCCGCCGCCAUCCGGAAGAAGGCCACCGAGGUCGGUGCUAUGGUCGACGCCCUGCAGGCCGCAGCCCACCCCCGAGGAAACUCGGGUCGGGUCGCCCAUGAAAAACCCGAUUUGAACGAGUACCCGAGUCCAGAAACUUCGGAGGACAACUGAGAGGAAUUACCUGGUUACGGUCUACGGCUGUCUGUCACUCUUUUAGAAGGUUAAGGUUUCUUUUUUUUUUUUUUGAAAAAAAAAAACUUUAUUUUUGUGGAGUUAAUUGUAAUUUCAGCUGAGAUGUAUAAAAGUGUACAUCUGGAGGAGGAGAAUUAACGCCUUUCUCUGUUAAUUA